CAAGGUCUUCGAACGCUAUCUCCUUUAGCUACACCCAUUGCGCCUCCAUAUUGAUCGGACUAUCUCUUAACAACUGACCACUAUCAUCUUGGAUGGCUCAAUGUUCAGCCUCGGAGAACUCUGUUGCUAUGCGGCAAUACUCUAUUCGACCCGAAUCUCGACAUACUUUCGAGGUUCUCCAGCAGUUGCCCCACUACACGCCCUCGACUGAGUGUGCGUCGUUACCACCAGUGACUGCUACCAUGCUCGCAUCCACCUCUGGGGAUGCGAAUCCUUUGUCUACGGCUGCUGCGCCACUGCUCCUUGUGCACUCCAAUAUGCUGUAUCGCCCAUCAGGCGUCAUCACGCUGCCUGAAGGUACUCCGGCAUCGGACACCUGCACCCAGCGACGUUCUCGGACCCUCCUUCACCCCCACGCUCGAUCGCCCCACCUACAACGUCUUAGAGCAAGAACUUGCUUGUCGAUGGCAAUUAAGAUCUAUGGGUGUCAACGACCAAUCUCGUGGCUCGGCUCCCCCUGCUUAUGCCCACGAAAUGACUGUUUCCAUGCAUCUACCACUGGUAUCUCCCUGCUGACCUGCGAGCAAACAGCUUCCAGUAGCACCGGCCAGUAUACAAGUACCAAGCCUAGUGAUUUUACCACGGAGAGUGAUACCGACGAUCUACGUGCCUUGGGUGAAGACGAUUUCGAAUCUGUGUAUCACGGAAUGAACAGUAGUAGAUGAUAAUUCCUUCUUUGUUACAGUAUCAAACAUUAGUCAG